AUGAGUACCCGUAAUCCCUUGUAUAACAUUGUGAGCGGUGCGCAAAUUGCGGGUUUUGUGGGCAAAAACGUUGCAGUUUGUGGUUUGGUAAAUGGGGCCCAUGUUGGAGACAAAACGUUUACUUUGCGUUCGUCGGAUGGUGUGUUGGUUCCCGUGGAGUUAAAUAAACCCCUCACUGAAGACAUAGAGGGAUAUGUUGAGGUAAAGGGUGUUUGUCAGCAGAGUAAAACAAUAAGAGCCGACGAAUUUUGCACCUUUAAUAAUGAGAAGUUCGAUUCCAGUAAUCACACCAAGUUGUGCAAGAUCUUGAACAGCUUGCCCAACGUUUAUUCGAACAAGAAACCAUGA